UCUAGCCACCUCGGGAUGAUACAAUGAUGGUUGUGCGCUCUGACUGACUCCAUCAUGCAACCAUUCUAGGCUCUAGUUUGAUGCCUGUGGCGCGCUGAACAUUAAAGUGGCUCAAAGAUCCGCCACGACAGGCCGAACGUCUGAAGCGAACCUCAACAAUCGUCUGCAUGAGCACGUUGCAGCACUUGCUGACGCUCACGAUAUAGUUUACCAAGCAACAACAUCACCACCAUGGGUCUGACAAAGGUGUUCCCCCUCGGCCUGCUGGCGCUAGGAGCUAUAUUUCCAGCCGUUCAGGGCUUCUAUCUGCCAGGCUCAGCUCCCAAGACGUAUAAGCUCGGGUCGACCGUGCCUUUCCUCGUUAAUGUCGUCCAACCGAAAGCGCAAAUCGACAAGGGUGGGAUGCGAAGUCUGGUCUCCUAUGACUACUACGACGAACGUUUCCAUUUCUGUUCACCAAAGGACAAAGAUGGUCCCAAACCAGUGUCAGAAGGUCUUGGCAGUGCUCUGUUUGGAGAUCGAAUUUAUUCCAGUCCGAUAACGGCAAAAAUGCUCACGGAUGAAUCGUGCGUUCAUAUCUGCACAUCAGUCAUACCGCAACAGGACACAAAGUUCAUUAGUGACCGCAUCAAAGAGGGGUAUGCGAUCAAUUGGGAAGUCGACGGCUUGCCAGUCGCGCAAAUGCAAAGGCUGGAAGACACAGAGGAAUUUUUCUACUCCAUCGGAUUUUUCAUGGGCACCAUGAGAAAUGAAAAUGAAAAUGGCAAGGCCUACCGAAUGCCCGCCAUUUACAAUCACUUUGAAAUCUACCUAAACUAUCACAUGCGCGGAACUGACGAAUACCGUAUCGUCGGCGCGUCCGUUUGGCCGGCUUCGCGAUCUUCAUUGACGCAGGGAGAAGGCACACCAAAUUGCAAUGCCCUCGAACCUGUCCAUUUGGAUGAGAACAGCACGGCAAGUACCAAGCUCGCGUACACCUACUCGACCCAUUGGAAGGAGAGCAAGACGCCAUGGGCAACGCGAUGGGACCACUACCUCAAAGUGGUGAAUCCAAACAUCCACUGGCUCUCGCUUAUCAAUGCGAUCGUCAUCGCAGGCUUCUUAUGUCUGAUGGUUUCCGUCGUUCUAAUGCGAUCUACAAACCGCGAUAUCAGUCGAUACGAAGCAAUUGAUUUGACUGAAGACGUACAAGAAGAGUUCGGUUGGAAGCUCGUGCAUGGUGAAGUAUUCCGACCUCCUCAAUCACCACUCUUACUGUCCGUCAUGGUCGGAUCAGGCUCCCAGCUCAUUGCCAUGGCCGCGACGACUUUGCUGUUCGCUGCCUUGGGAUUCUUGAGUCCCAGUUAUCGCGGGUCCUUGGCGGUCGUCAUGAUUGUCACUUGGACACUGUUCGGCGCGUUGGCGGGGUACUUGUCCAGCAGGGUGUACGCCAGCUUGGACGGCGCCAAAUGGAAGCGAAACGUCUUCUUGACAGCCACACUCUUCCCGACCCUUGUAUUCGCUACAGUCAACCUGCUCAACUUCUUCCUCAUCGCAUCGCGCUCCUCAGGUGCUGUGCCUUUCGGCACGCUUUUAGCUUUGGUGGCGCUGUGGUUCAUCAUCAACAUUCCACUCACCCUGAUUGGCUCUUACAUUGGAAUCCGCGUUGGCGGCUGGCGGCACCCCGUGCGCGUCAACUCGAUCCCCAGACAGAUCCCACCGGUUGUCUGGUAUCUCCGUCCGUGGCCGUCCGCCAUCAUAGGCGGCUUGCUUCCUUUCGCGACCGCGUUCCUUGAGUCAUUUUUCAUGCUCAACUCGCUCUUCGGUACCAAAAUCUACUAUGCUUUCGGAUUCCUCGCCCUCACUUUUGUGAUCACCUCUCUGACCACUGCGACAGUCUCCGUGCUCUUCUGCUACUUUACCCUUUCGUCAGAGGACUACAGAUGGCACUGGCGCUCGUUCACAGUCGGCGGAGGAUCUGCCUUCUGGCUCUUUGCAUAUGGAAUCUUCUUCUGGAGCGCACGCAUGGAGCUGCCAGGGCUGGCGAACAAGGUACUGUUCGUCGGAUACCUCUUCCUCUUGUCGCUGGUCGACUUCCUGCUGUUCGGCGCUAUCGGGUACUUUGCCUGCUACAGCUACAUUCGACGAAUCUACGGCUCGAUCCGAAUCGACUGAAGCGAUUUAAACGGAAAAUGGGCCCAUGAAUGUACGGAGUAGAUAGAUACAUGGACCUUCCUUUGUACAUACAUACCACUCAGAACUGCAGUGGCGCCCAAGGUUCUCGCUCCAGAGACUGGCUCCAAGUAUCCCA